AAUUGCGUAACAUGAGCACUGAUUUUGAUAUUUCCGAUAUUGUGGCCUCUGACGAUAAGCCGCCGCUGCAGGCUUUUCGCAACAGCAGCUCGUUUGAUAUGCCACAAGGAAGACCGGCAGUACCUUUGGAGGAUCAACAUCCCGGAAAUCAUGUACCAUUGCAAUUACUGAGGAGAGCAAGUGAGACGGUGAACAAGAGUAUUCUGGGCGAUAUCGAGCCGGAAGUCCAGCAUCUAUUGGGCGCAUCCACACCAACCACUGAACGGCUUAAACGCCCUUUGCCUCCUCCUCGACUUCAUGGGUCUGCCAAACUUACAACAUCAUCGAAAAAUAAAGCUAAGCCCAGCGCACAACAACAGCAGCCACAGCCUAACAACAAAGUACUUUCGCAAAGUGACAGCAUGACACAAAACGGCAACAAUGCAACGUCGGACGCAGAAAGUGGCACCCACACUACGUCGUUGCAUACUAAAUUAGACAUACAAAAAUUCUCGGAGGACUACAGUAAUGCUGCCUUUGAUGGUGACAAUGGUGUCGACGGUACCGGCACUGGCACUGGCACUGGCAUUGCCACUGAAGGUGGAAGUGGCGACGCGCCACAAAACGUUGCAACAAUAAUUUUAACACAACCAUCACUAAAUUUAACAAAUGCAACGCAAAAUACCAAUGGUGCGGCAUUUCCAGCACGGGAUGAGGAGUACAAAGGACCCAAAUGGUGGCGUCACUUGGUGGCUCAUUGGUCUCUUGUAUCCGAGCAUGUUGCGAUGUUUGCAAUAUUUCUGGGCCUAUGGUCAAUGACAUGGGUUCUAUUGCGAGAUCUCGCUGUUCCGUCAACGGUCUUUAUGCGUAUAGUGCUGUUGUUUGUUGGUGCGCAGUUGUCGGGAAUUCUGGUGACAUUCCUUAACUUACCGGAUAUGUUGGGUAUGUUGUUCUUUGGCGUUCUCUACGGGAAUGUUGGUUGGGCCAAUUUCGAGGGAUAUCAGGCCGUGGAGCUGUUUUUGAGGGAAAUGGCAUUGGUCAACAUUAUGUUGCUGGCAGGUCUGGGACUAGAUGGUAACUCCUUCAGACGGCUGUGGCUAAUGAUCAUGCGUUUGGCGCUCUUGCCGACCAUAGCUGAGGUGGCGGUACUUGCUUCAUUGGCUCGCUUUACCUUGGGAAUGUCUUGGCUCUGGGGCAUUGCCUUGGGCCUCGUCAUUACCGCAGUCUCCCCCAAUGUGGUCGUCACGGUUAUGCUUAAGCUGAAGGAGGAGCGACUGGGCCUAAACAGUGGCAUACACACUCUCAUCUAUGCAAUGACAACCUGCAACGAUGUUGCCAGCAUAUUUAUGUUUGGCGUCGUAAUAAGUGUCAUUUUCUCCACUGGAUCGUUCUUACAGCAAGUGAUGCAGGGCCCCAUUGGCAUUGGUAUUGGAGUUGUUUUUGGCUAUCUGUAUGGCAUGAUGCUGCAAUAUUUGCCAUCGCGCAACGCGGUUUAUGUCAACAGUCUGCGCUUUGUUUUGACCAUCCUGGGUGGAACCAUAGCAGUCAUGGGCAGUCGAGCUAUUGGGUAUACCUCGGCUGGGGCCUUGGGCUGCGUAUCGAUGGUAUUUAUCGCAAACAUAGGCUGGAAGCGGGAAGAGCACAAGUGGACGCCGCAUCAAGCACUGGUUAAUAAAACCGAUAGUGUGACGAGUCGCUUGGACUUGCUGUGGAAAUUCCUGAAGCCAGUGUCCUUUGCUCUCAUUGGCAAGGAAAUUAACUUUGGUGUACUCGAAGGUCGGGUAAUUGGUUACGGAGCCCUACUUGUGUUGGUCGGAAGUUUGUUCCGCCUGCUCUUUGCAUAUUUAUCAACAUAUGGCGGAAAUCUGUCGAGAAAGGAACGUGCUUACAUUGCUGUUUCCGGUUUCCCCAAGGCAACUGUCCAAGCUGCCCUGGGUCCAGUUGCCUUAGAUUUGGCCCGAGCUGCACUCGCACCAAACGAAUCUCAGCUGGCACUUGCCAGCAAUGUCCUCAUAAUUUCCGUCCUGGCCAUUAUAUUCACUGCGCCUCUAGGAGCCAUCCUAAUGCUGCGUCUCGCACCGCUUUGGCUUAAGCGUAGCGAUAAUAUGGACGAGAAUGAGUUAUCUGCCACACCAGAGACAUUAACUAAUUCGUAUAAAAACUAACAGAUUCAGAUUUUGUAUUGGGUUUUUUCGUGAGACAUUCGAAAAUUGUAUUUUCCCCAGAGCUAGCGAUUAAGUUGAAAACAAACGCUGCGUGUAGAUUGCAAAUAAUCUUAACAUUAUCUCAAGAUUUCCUUUAUGUAGUACUACUUAUAAUCAUAAUUUAUUUUUGAUUGUUAUUUGUUUGUUAAACAUGCUAUAUGUUAUGAUUGUGGAAAUAACACAAAAUUCCGUUAAUUCCAUAUUAUAUACUGUCAUAUAGCUGUCGCAGAAACGACAUGACCUCUGACCGAGUUUUUGUUUGAAAUAUUAAUUAAUAAAUAAAUAAUGGUUGGCCACAUA